AUGGUGGUUAUCGCACCUUCCGAUUUCUGGUCGAACCUCGUCGACAAGGUGCCCUCGAAGCUUCCGCCAGUCAAGUCGCUCCUUCUCGGGGGCUCCCAAGUCAUCUUGGGCGCUCAGUCCUACUUUGGUGGCCUCGAUGUCGGCAACGCGCCUUCCUGUUCGAACCCUCAAUUGAGCUGUCAUAAUACCUCGGUCGUCGAGGAUCUAUGUUGUUUCAACUACCCCGGCGGUCAGAUGCUACAGACACAGUUUUGGGACACUAACCCUCCCACUGGGCCUGACGAUGCCUGGACCAUACACGGCCUGUGGUGCGUACUAUCCCUUUCUGACAACGACCAUGGCUUACACCUCUAUACAGGNCCCGACCGAUGCGACGGCAGCUACGAAGCCAAUUGCGACGAUAGCCGCGCCUACCACAAUAUCAGAGACAUUCUCGAGUCCUUUGGCGCCACCGACCUCCUCUCCAACAUGACCAUGUACUGGAAAGAUUACAAGGGCCACGAUGAGAGUCUAUGGAUGCACGAGUGGAGCAAGCACGGCACCUGUGUCUCGACGCUCAACCCUGACUGCUACUCCUCAUAUCGUAGCAAGGAAGAGGUCGUCGACUACUUUGCCGCUGCUGUUUCGCUCUACACUCAGCGCCCUACCUACCAGUGGCUGCUAGACGCUGGUAUCGAACCCAGUACCUCCAAGUCAUACACAAGAGAUCAAAUCCAGAGUGCCUUGAGUUCAAGACAUGGUCGUCCCGUCACACUUGGCUGCAAGGGCGGCAAGCUAGACGAGGUCUGGUACCAUUUCGAGGUCCGUGGCAGCGUUCAGACUGGUGUCUUCGAGGCAGCGGAUCCGGAUGGAGGCAAGAGCACAUGUCCCUACAGUGGUAUUCGAUACCCUCCAAAGGCAGCCAAGGGAGGCCGUCCUGCCCCAACAGCCACACACACCCGCACCCAUGUUCCCGAGCCAACCGGACCCGCUUUCAGUGGUAGAGGUAACCUUAUCGCGAAAACUGGCGGUAGAGCCAAGGGGUGUAUCAUCUCUGGUGGCUCAUGGUACGAUACUAGAAGCUGCGCAAGGUUCCAUGCCACGCAGGAGGACGAUGGCUUCAGUCUGGAGAGUUCGAAAGGCAAGUGCGCAGUUGUCGGAGGCGUAUUCCGCUGUUCGUCUGAUGUCUCGGAAGCCACUGUUUUCGAGAAGAGCGAAGGGUUGACCUUUUAUGCGGACGAAGUGCCUUAUCGAUUCAACAAGAUCGAUAUCUACGUCGACAAAGCAGGCCAUGGCACAGAGUUGACCGUGGAAUGGCAAGCCGCUUAG